GUGGUGAUACUAAUAGGGCAUUGCACACUUACCCAAACUAAUCAUUAUAAAAACGAUGGAUGAUGAUCCCACUUGGUGGCCGCUCGUCAAUUUUUGUCGUUUUUACAACUAUUUUCUAGCUGCAUGUUUUACUGCGGUGGUAUACGACUGGGGUGAGGGAGAUAAUACCUUCCAAGGGAUCAUUAAUAUGUAUACAAUAUUCAAGCAUUAACAUUCGGACAAGAAUUCGAACUGAUCUUGAGCCAACGUUGGUCCUUCAUGACCGUUCUUUACAUUUGUGUACGCUACCUUGGAAUACUAUACUCUGU